AAAAAGAGUGGAGACUCAAAUUUGCGACUUGUCAAAUACAAGACCCUGUCAUGUUUCACUUGACCAACCCUUCAGGUUUUGUUUUCACACAAUAAUACAGACAUUUUUUACAGGUUUAUCCACUUACCUAUGUUUUCCAUGAAAAACAUGCUAGAUGGGUGGCAUGUCACAACCUUCGAGUCCAUAAUAGUUUGUUUGGACACGAGAGAGCAGAUAAUGAUGGACAGACAAAAAAUAAGGUAGCAAAACUUUGUCCAGUCCAGUGCGUGAGAUGGCAGCUAUGUUCAUCUUCAGAAGCAGUCAUGGAAACCAGAAAUCAAAUACUACAAUACUAGCACAAAACUACAGUUCUUAAAAUUUCAGCAUAAUUUUAGCACCAAAUGAAGAAUUCCCUGGUUAUAGCCUUUUCCAUAACCAUAUGCUCCAUCGCUUUUGUGAUAUCAAAGAUUGUUAUCUCAGUCCUCCUCUACAAAAGAUGGAGAAGAAAACAUUUGAUUCAUGAAGAAGGUUAUCCAGGAGGGAAGAUAGUAAUAUUUAGGUCCUCAGGGCUUAAAUCUCUCAAAGCUGAUGUGAUCUUAAAGAAGACACAGAAACUAAACAGCAAGGACAUCAUUGGAUCAGGUGGUUAUGGUGUGGUUUAUGAACUAAAACUAGAUGACUCCACAGCCUUGGCAAUAAAAAGACUAAAUCGCGGAACUGCAGAGAGAGAUAAAGGUUUUGAGAGAGAGUUGGAAGCAAUGGCAGACAUAAAGCACCGCAACAUUGUGACACUUCAUGGAUAUUACUCUGCACCACACUACAAUCUUCUCAUAUAUGAGCUAAUGCCCCAUGGAAGUUUGGAUUCCUUUUUGCAUGGGAGAUCAAGGGAGAAGAAGGUUUUGGAUUGGCCAACCAGAUAUAGAAUAGCUGCAGGUGCAGCUAGAGGAAUAUCAUAUCUUCACCAUGAUUGCAUCCCUCACAUUAUCCACAGAGACAUAAAGUCAAGUAACAUAUUGUUGGAUCGAAAUAUGGAUGCUCGAGUUUCUGAUUUUGGAUUAGCAACGUUGAUGCAACCAACUAAAACUCAUGUGUCAACAAUUGUAGCUGGAACUUUUGGAUACUUGGCACCUGAAUAUUUUGAUACAGGAAGAGCAACACUGCAAGGGGAUGUUUACAGCUUUGGAGUUGUUUUGCUGGAGCUUUUAACUGGGAAAAAACCCAGUGAUGAAGCAUUUAUGGAAGAGGGAACCAUGCUUGUCACAUGGGUGAAGGCUGUUGUUCGAGACAAGAAAGAGGAGUUAGUUCUUGAUAAUAGCCUAGGGUCUUGUUCAAUGCAAGAGGUCAACAAGGUGUUCAGCAUUGCAAUGAUGUGUCUUGAACCGGAUCCCUUGAAGAGGCCAACCAUGGCCGAAGUUGUCUCUUUGCUUGAGCAAACAGAAGCAGAUAAACUCAUUACUGCAUCCUGAUGUUCACAUCAAAAUCGUUACUCUGAAGUUUCUGGAAAACCAUCCUACAAGCAGUGGCAGAUCUAGACUCCAAGUUAAAUGUAGUUUGGGAAUGCCAUGCUCAAGAGACGGUGGUGGGGAAUUAAAGAUAUGAAAAACUAGAAAAAUGUACAGUAAAAUAUUGAAUUUUUAAAAUGAAAAAAGAAAAUUGAUGGGGCCUUCAACAAUUUUUUUGUAAUUAUACAGGGACCGAGAGAUUUCAACAUACAUCGUGACAUGAUUAAAUUCCAAUUGACCAACUUGAAUGUGUCAGGAUUAAGACCAAGUAGAAGAUGUAGCUUGGGUCAGAGAAGCACAUGUAUGAAACACUAAUGAAGUGUUUCCUUCUAGGAGAAAUAGGAAAUUGGAAUUGAUCCAAGUGUAUAUUAAUGUCCAAAUCAAGUAUUUAGAUCAGUAGAAAUAAACACUGGAACUAGGUAACA